AUGGCAAUAUCUGAGGAGAAGUCGCGAACAAAUGAUUAUGUGUUUUAUGAAUCGCUCAUUGUGUUAGAGUUCAAUGUCUUCACACGAUGGCAACCCUUUCAGGACCAGUCCAUUCCAUAUGACACCAAAAAGAAUUGCUGGGUACCGGAUAAAGAUGAAGGUUAUGUUGCCGGCGAGAUCGUCGCUACGAAGGGAGAUGUUCUUACUAUUAUGUGUGGCGGAACUGAGAGAACCGUGAAGAAGGAUAUGAUCUAUCAAAUGAAUCCACCAAAGUACGAGAAAACCGAAGACAUGUCCAACUUAACAAUCCUCAAUGACGCUUCCGUACUGCACAAUCUACGUGCACGCUAUGCAGCAAUGCUCAUCUAUGUUAGUUCUUGUGCAAUCCAUAAUUGGAGUUACUUUAAUGCUUGCGAUCUUCAAACGAAUUAUUACCCCGAUCCUCACCAAUUUCUUGCGUUACUACAUCAGUAG